UCGCUGCCCUUUUCUGACGAAUAGCGGUCACCACAAUACGUGACGGUGACGUUUUGCGCGGGGACGACCACGAAAAGAUGAGCGCUAUGAGGACAGAGAAUGUGGGGAUUGGCUGUGGGAAACGAUGGGCGCCUCCCGUCCGACACCGGGAGGGAAGGCAUCUCAGCCCACUCCCCGCCACGUGACUGACGCGUCCGACGCGCCUCGACUCGGCCAACACCGCCCGCGUUUUAGCACGUCUUCCACUCCCCCAACCUAGCAGCCCGACUCCACUUGGGUGUCUCUCGGCCUCACAGGAUGCCGCUCCCCGCUGAUCAGGCCAAGGCUCAGUCGCCGCUCGCAGGCGUCAUCCUGUGCUGCACCGCCAUCGACCAGGACCACCGAUUGGCAAAAUGGGCAAUCGAAAUGGGCGCUGCCCACAAGUACGACCUGACCUCGGACGUAACCCAUCUCGUAAUCGGCCACAUCUUCACGCCCAAGUACAAGUAUGUCGCCAAGGAGCGCCCUGACGUAAAGGUCGUGCUGCCGCAAUGGCUAGAGGCUGUUCGCGAGUCAUGGUUGAAGGGAGGGGAUACCGACGUCGCCGUCCUGGAAGAGACUCAUCGAGCGCCAACGUUUUAUGAUUUGCGUAUAUGUGUAACUGGAUUCGAUGACCUCUACCAAAGACAAUACCUUCAAGACAAGAUUACCGCGAAUGGCGCUUUAUACUCGGGCGACCUAACAAAGUCUGUAACGCACCUUAUCACGCGGAAACCGCAAGGCCAAAAAUAUACACACGCAAAGUUAUGGAAUGUCAAAACAGUGUCAUUGGAGUGGUUCACCGAAAGUCUUGCGAGGAAAAUGGCUCUGGACGAGUCUCUGUACGAUCCCGUGCUGCCCCCAGAACAGCGCGGUAUAGGUGCCUUUAAACUUGUGCCGGACGAAACAACACCCAUUGGAAAGCGAAUGCGCCCACCCGAGACGGGAGAAGGAGAAGGCCGACGGAAGCUAAGACGCACAGCCAGCACGAAGCUUGGAAGCCAAAGUUCGGCGAUAUGGAAUGACAUCGCGAGCGGCGGUAGCUUCUCUGCCAGACCGGAGGGGGAUGAUUUAUGGCAAGAGCUCAAGCCUCACGCCUCAACCGCUGAUAAAGCCGUAGCCCCGGAGAGCCGCGCUCCACUUCGGAAGGCCGCCAGCAUGGUUGAACUCAACUCGCAGAAUGCUCCCAUUGAACGUCCAGUGGAGACCCGGGGCAUAUUUGCUGGGAGGUUUAUUUACAUGCAUGGGUUCACGAAGGACCAGUUUGAUAUUCUCGAAAAAUUUCUAGCCGAUAAUGGCGCUCGAGUUGCAAAAAGCCCAGAAAGUCUAGAUCUGCUCUCUGAUCGAGAUUUGGACAUGGGUUUUGUCAUUCUCCCGUACAAUGUGACUCACGACCAGUUUGAAGGUGUCCCACAGCGCGCUCGAAAGCUAAACCAGGUCAAUGAGUGGUGGGUGGAGCUAUGCCUUCACCACAAAAAGCUCGCAGAUCCGAACGUCGAGAUGCUAUGUAGACCGCUACCCCAGCUCCGCACCCCUGUAUUUCGUGGUAUGACUAUCACCGUCUCUGGCUUUGUGGAUUUCGAUCGUUUGCAUGUUUACAAAGUUCUCAAACUCAUGGGAGCAACCUUUGCUGAAGCUCUGAGCCAUGACACAAAGCUGUUAAUCUGUGGUGCGUUCUCGCCAACCAGCCACAAGAUCAAGUUCUGUGUCGAUCAAUCAAUCCCUGUUGUAUCUGCAGAAUGGUUGUGGGCGUGUAUUGCCUCGGCUUCGCUGAAGCCAUUGGAUGGUUAUCAUCUCACGCCAUCGGGGCAGCAUUCCAGAGAUCCGGCUGUUCAGUCACACCCUCGUCAUGAUCCUGCACGGCCUGCAGCCGUUGGGUCAAAAAAGGAAAGGUUGCACACCCGCUCUUUGAACGGUGACAGAGCAGUCGCGGCCGCUCGUCCAGAUGCAGGCCUGACCAAGACGAACAAGGAUUCGAUCUAUGUGCCACACACUGCGAAACGCGCAGGACCAUUCUAUGACUCGGGCAGUGAUGGCGAGAACGGCGAUGUCGGGGCAGGCGUCUCAGCGCUCAAUGGCGCCACGUCCCAAAAUCCUCUCCAGGAGCUCUCGUCAUCAGCGCGGAACUGCCAGCGCAGGCACUCAUCAACGCUGCGCCGUGCGGAUACCGCGGCUGAUCUCAGAUCGGUGCGACAAACGAGGAGCCCGCCGCCGCCAUACUCAGCGACAACCGACAACCGCGACAAUACCAACCUUAACCCUAACCCGGCCUCUAACACAACAAGAACGGAAAGGGCAAACAUUCCGACCGAAUCCGGGGCCAGCUCGAGCAAUGCGGUCAGCUCAGCAAACGCUCCUACCCUCAAUGACACGAUUGCCGCGCUCAUAGCCCAGAAGAAGCAGCAGCAAGCCACUGCGUCGCGUCCCGGGUCUGCGCACUCGAGCACCGAGCCCGGCAACCACCGCCGCAAGCGCCAGCUCGGCCGCGCCCCGAGCACGACUAGCAACGCCUCAGCUGGCAGUUCCGCAACGCUACCACCCACUCUAUCGGAAGAGGGCGGCAACAAUAAGACGGGCGACGGCAGCACAGCAGUUGCAGCAGCUGCAGCUGACGGAAAGGCGUGGAGCGGGGCCGUGGUCGCGGAGCCGAGCCAGGCGCUGGCGUGGGGGGAUGCGGGAUGCACGCAGGAGGGGGGCGCGCUGAGGUCGGUGCAGGCGAUUGGGGUGGUCAGGGAUGUGGGAGCUGAUGAAGGAGUGGGCAGCCGUGUGGGGAGGCGCAGGGCGGGGCGGGGCUGAAAGCUUGUCUUCGGUCCGGGCAGGCCAUGGGUUCUGUUGGCUUUUUUGGUAGCGGAAGCGGAGGGGAGGGGUGAAGUGAGAGUUGAGGGCGUGAGUCAGGGUAGGGCAUGUAAGCGCUACGUGCUUUUUUGCAUGUGUUAGCUUUAGGGCUGGCUGCCUGGCUCGUGGUGGUGUACGACGGGCCGCAGGCGCAGCGCAGCAGCGCGCGGCGCAAU